AUGAACGCGUUCUCUUCCUUUCACUUCGCUGCGCGCGCCCUGCUACAUCCCUCGCGCCCCAUCCAUUUCCGCUGCCUUGGCGCGUCAUUAUCUCAUGUGCGCUUUAUGAGCAGCCAGAACUUGUCCUCAAAACGCUCACGGCGCCUCCGAAAUGCUGAAAUCGGCAAGAAAUACGCCAUGGUCACCCUCGUGCGCGAAGACAAAUCACUGAUGCCCACAUCGCUCAACCGGCUGCUGGACGAGAUCGACCUGGACCAGAACUUCGUCGAGCUCGUCACGGAGGACCCGGAGCCCAUCGUGCGGAUCGUCAACAAACGCCUGCAGUACCAGGCGGAGAAGCAGGCCAAGGCCGACAAAAAGACCUCCGCGAAGCACAACGUGGAGAAGGAGGUGCAUCUCACGUGGGUAUCGGACGCGGCCGACCUGAAGCACCGCCUAGCGCAGGCGCGCUCGUUUCUGGAGAUGGGAUCCCGCGUGAGCGUGAUGUUCGAGACGAAGCCCCGCAUGCGGCCGCCCGAGGCGGCGGAGAUGGAGGAGCGCGUCAAUUUCGUUCGUAGCUCCCUCGAGGAUGUGGCGACCGAGUCCAAGCCCGUGUACUGGCGGAAACGGACGGCGGUGGUGUACCUGCAGGGCACCAAACCCAAAACGGCUCCCAAGCCCAAUGCAGCUCAGAGCGCUGCGGCAGAGGAGGACGUCGAGGAGCCCAAGGCUGGAAACGCCGCUAGAAAUAAGACCCAGCGUGCCCCGGUGUCCGUCGAUCUCAGCGAGUUUGGUCUCUCGGAGUCUGAUUUCCAGGCCCCGCCUCGUCGUGACCCGCUGCUUGGCAUGAAGAGCGUAAAGAAGUACGGUGUCAGAAAAUAUCAGCUCCCCAAAGAAGAACAGCAGCUGAUGGAACAUCUCUGCGGUGCUGAGGAUGAAAAUGGCCUCUGGGCCGCCACCAUUCGGAAAUUGUGGCUUCACAACAGGAAGGAUGUUCAAACUGUGCAGGCUGUAGCAUUUAAAAUGUCUCUAGUUUUGUCCAGGCCGUCGAAGAGGAUCAAUCGAUACUGCAACAUUACGCGCCUACAGUACUUACGAACAGGCGCCAUUGCCGCAUUCCUUGCCCUUCGACUUGUGCAUCUUCUCCCCAUGCUCUCUACCUUCUCGCAGUCCCUGACUGGACAGGGUAUUUGCUACCACCGUAUUCCACCGAGACUCACAUGGAGUCCCAUGAUCGGGCGAACCAAGGGCGUCCCCGCCUCUGUUAUCGAUUACCAGUUUACCUCUAAGCGCGCCUCGGAUGACAUGCCCGUGCAAGGGCUGAACUUUAACUACACGCAGCCAGUCAAGCACCCGGUAGAACCUUCCAGCGCGCCUACCGCCUCUGCAUGCGCGUCUGCUGAGAAUCCCGAAGUCCACGCCGUACUAUCGCACAACCUCGCGCGCGCCCGACGAGACAAGAAACGGCUGUCCGCAGAUCUCGAUAAGGCGAACGCCGAGCUCAAGGUAGCCAAGGCUGCCUUCACGGCCGUGCUGGAGCAAUCGGCGCAGCACGAGACGCGGCGGAAGCAGGCUGAGGACAGGGCGCACGCGUUGCAGCGCGAGAUGGAGGCUCAUCGGGCGUCGGCGGGCGAGGCAAACGCGCGUGCGAACCAGUAUCGCACGGAGCGUGAUGAGGCGGUCCAGGCGCGAGAGGCGGCGGUCGCACAUCUGCUGGAGCAGCUCAACGCUGCGCGGACGGCUUUCGAGGAUCAGCGGCAGCGGGGCAUGCAGGCCAGUGUGGACGCCGAUAUGCUGCGGAGAGAACGGGAGCAGCUUGUGGCCGAGGUGACGGAGCUGCGUCUGUCCGCCAUGAGGCGAGAGCCAGGAAAAGUUCUGGAGGUAUCUUCGUCGCCGAAAUCUCCUGCUCUAUCGUCGCCCCAUGCAUCGGGAGUCGUCUCGCCUGUGGCUUCAGCAGAGGCAAUGGACGUCGUCAAGCCCCGAGCUUCUCACCCCCUUCCUCCAAAACCGUCUGCGGUUCAUCUGAAGAGGAAAAGAAGUGAAGAACGCGUCGCUCCAUCCGUCCCAUCCAAACCCCAGUCAUCUGUUCCGCUCCGGUGGAGGACGGUCUCCGCUCAGCCGUCCGCUCAGAACCCAUAUACAAAACGUUUAGCGUCGACGUCUAGUCCAUCAUCCGCGAGUCCUCCGCUCCGCGGCAUCAGCUCGCCAGCACCAAGGCCAAUAUUGCCCGCUCCAGCCGCAAGGAAGCUCAGCCUGAGGCAUCUCCAGCUUUUAUACGACACACGGGGCGGGACCAUGUACUGUCGUAACUGCCGAACGACGUUCCCGGAUUCGUCGCCGUGGAGUGACUUCGCUGGCCAUUCGCAGUCGGAACACCCGGAUGCCUGUGCGGAGAUCCUCGCGCUGAAGCCUGCGCAGGCGAUAGAGAUGGUCCAGAGGCAGAAGACGUCGGCUGGCUUGCUGGAUGCGAAGAAGUGAGCUGCUCAUACAUACUGUGAUUUUACUCAACUGUGUCGAUUUACAAGAUAGGCUGUAGAUUUCUGUAUUAAAUAAAUACAUUUGUAUCCGUAUUCAUCUACAUGUUGUCUCUUUUCACUAAUUUAGCCAAAGGUAUCCGAAAUGGGUGACUCUGAAAAGGUGAGCCCGGUCUCCUGCUCGUCUUGUAGAUGGCAAGAUCAGCCAGUCCGACUCCGACUCCCUCCGUUGUACGCGAAAUAAGCCCGCCGAUGCCAUCCGUCCCGGACGAAUGUACAUAACGCCGGUUUCCAGUCCGGCAAAGCUACAAACCCGACACAGCGCUCAAGGCGUGUGCAUUUGAGCACCACAAGGAUCGGCUCUCAUUUGCAUUGACCUCACAUUACCAUGCUCCAAUUGAACGACACUGCCGAUGUCUACCGCUUCAACGCGACUGGUUCUCUUGCGCCGUUUCAGACUCAAAUCGACUUGCAAACAGAGAACAACAAAUCUGAGUGAUUACUCUUGGCCAGUAGCAAUACUCCACGUCUUGCGCAGCAGCUCCGCAGCGGGAUCUGACGCGCCUUCGAAUUUGGCCAGAGAUACCGUAUACAGCGUCUCCGAGUAAUUUCGGAGGUAUGGCGCGUACUAAAAAUCGUCACUUGUCAAGUCACACAAAUCAGAAAUCAACGCACCACACGACAGAAAUGUCUGAACCAGCCCCAGGCCUCGAACAUAUCCCACUCGGUGCGAGUCCAACCCAUCCGUGCUUCCCACACAAGUUUCGUCACAUCGCUGGACAUGAGGAGAUCCGCGAAGCCGUCGAUUGUUCGCGAAAGGGCAGUCUUUUGUUCCCGGGUGAGACUAGUGAAUGCUUUGACGGCAGUUGCAAGCGCAGGACUGUCUGCAGCAGCCGACUCGUCUACCAAAAUCCGUCAGCAUUGGCCAGCAAGGAAACAAGGACACACCGACCGGUUUUGACCACUUGAGUGUCAACUUCCAUUGCUUCGUCGUCGCCAGCGUUGACCCGGGCCCGUUUCUCGUCGUCCUCCUUGCGCAAUCCGACCACCCGCUUGCGGGCAACGACGACCCGGCCCACCGCCUUGUCCAGCGCCCCUCGCAGCACAUCCCAUUCAAAUGCACUGAAGCUCUGGCCCGUGCUGAACACCCAGGCGACGACAUCCGUCGGGUCCACGAUCUGAUACUGCAUCAGCUUGUCGAACACGAUCACCACCAUGUGCCGGUUGUUCUUCCAAAACACAGCCGACGCGCGCAAGAUAUCCAGCUUCGCCUCGCCCCCAGCCGCAGCCAGAUUUCGCAGCAGCGGAAGAUAGCGCUCGAUGGCGUUCAGCAGAUGCGAGAAUGACCGCGACCCGACGUUCAGCAGCGACUGUACCACGAUUGAGCGGAUGAUUUUGUCAUCGUCUUCCAAAGUGGCUUUGAGCCCGUCCAGGUGCGCGAUCACAUCAGUAGCAACAGCCCGUCCUCGAAACAGGUUCAGUACUGACUGGGCAGCUUCGUGAUGGGGACCAGCUACAGCACAUGUUAGCCGUCAGUUCGCACGCAUAUAGCCACCUCACCUGAAUCAUCAUACUCGUACCAAGGGGCCGGCGCCUCUUCACUGAUCACGGCGCUUUCGGGGGCUUGCAUUUCAGCAGGGAGCGUCUUCAGAAUCCGAUCGUGGUAGGCCAGUCGAACCUCCAGCUCUAGUGCCCGCUGCAUGAACGUCCGCUUAGGAUGGUACAUGCUCAGAGAUAGAUCCGGGACCCUGGACUCGUGAAUCACCUGUGGAGAGCAAAUGCGCCCGGGCACUCACCAUUCUUUCCACACCCACUGGAACCCAAAGUUGCUCAUGUGGACUGCAAACCACUCCGAAAAUCGGCGAGCGACCUCCACAUCGAGCCCUUCAUCGAGGAGACCAUACAGCUUGCGGAUGGACUUGCCCACCGCCGGUCCGACGGUUGACGCCGAAAGCUUACACAGGUCGGUGACCAGAGCGAUGUAGUACACGGACUUUUGUGAUGACUCUGGUAAAAUGAAGUACGCGCCCAAUACGUUCUGUCUCCAAGUCAAUCUCGCAGCAGAAGACAGUGAUGGAGUCCCACUUCGAUGACGGUGCUCUCCAGCUGCCAGUCCUUGCCUGGGACCGGUUCGACGGUCGCCGCAGCACCUGGUUUGGGCUUGAACGUCCCCGGAACUGUCCACCGCGGGUAUUCAAGCAAGAGUCUGGCAGAUUCCUUGCGGUUGACUUCGAAUAUAUCCGCAAUGUCGCGCAGCGCAGAGUGAACAGCGUAGCCCGCCGGCGUCGUUGGGUCUGCGGUAAUCUGUGGCCCCACAUGUCAGGUCUAGAUACAAGAAGGCAACAGAAACCCACCUCGUUGUCGAAUAGCCGCACAAAGUGUUCUGGCCAUUCUUCUUUCUUCACCUGGGCGUCUUCGCCAGAUUCCGACGACAAAGUGUCCAACUCGAUGACCUCGGGAGGCACCAGGACCGACGGCAAAUUGUAAGGCGAGAACGUGGCAGGAUCCAGGUCGGGUAUUCCAGAAUAAGGCUGCAGGAAACUGGUUGCUGUGGCUGCAAAGUCAGUGUCGUUGAGACUUUGCAGCGCUUGCAAUGCCAUGUCGAG